AAUGUUGAACUUGUCAACAAACACUUUAGAGCGAAUAUUGAUCUAGACUGCUCUCGGCAAACGUUCGGGUACAUGUGCAUAGCAAAUAAGUUUGUGCUAAACUGUAACCACAGCAAAAUAUACUUUCUCCCAUACGUUUACAACUUAUAAAUAAGGGUUAAAUCUGUAACAGACACAGUCCGAAUUGUGAAGUGAACUGAGUGUUGGAUUUUGGUGUUUUUUUAAUCGGCGGACGGCGGACAAAAGUUUUUACGAAAAGUAGCAAGAAAGAAGAAUUGAUAUGGCUGCGUCUCAAUUUCUUGUUCUGCUACAAACAAUAAAUGGGCUGCACCUAGUUCUUUCACACCACUGGAGCUUUUUAAAUGCAAAUCCAAACCUACCAGAUCCGACAAAAUAUCACGGUGGAGGUCACAGUUACUUUCCUCAGUCAUACUACACCGAUUACAGAUAUCUUCCACCAGCAUCUGCUGGAAGAAACAGUUCACUAUUCCAGGGUUUUGCUCAAACAACCCAACCCCCACCCGGAGCAACAACUCUCGACCCGAGAUCUCAAAAUUGUGGCUUGGCACCUGCCCAAUGUUUUCCAGCACGGUACAGAUCGUACGAUGGUUCUUGUAACAAUUUGAGGAACCCAGUGUGGGGUACACCACAAACUCGAUAUGCCAGAUUACUACCUCCAAUUUACGGAGACGGAAUCAGCACCCCAACGUUAUCAAGAAGCGGAAGAAUGCUUCCAGGCAGCCGCGAACUGAGUUUGGAUCUUCACCCCGACGUUCCUGUGCGAGACCCCAGAUUUACGUUAGCAGCCAUGCAAUACGGGCAAAUAAUAACCCAUGACAUGAGUAUGAUCGCGGGUAGCACACAAGCCCAGCCUCAUUCGACAAGAUGUUGUUCAGAUGACGGUCGUCUUCUGGAGUUAGCAAAUAUCCCAGAACACUGUUAUCCAAUAGUUCUCCCUGAUAACGAUCCUGUUUAUGGGAGAACCAACACUAGAUGCAUGAACUUUGUGAGGACAAUUACAGACAGAGAUAGAAAUUGUGUGGGAGGCUAUCAACCAGCCGAGCAAUUGACCGCGGUGAAUCAUUACCUAGACCUUUCAAUCACCUACGGUAAUAAUGACCAAGAUGCACAAGGUUUACGAGAAGGGACCGGGGGGAGGUUACGAAUUGAAAGGAGAAAUGGGCAAACUUGGCCGCCCCAAACGGAUAAUGUGACAGGAAUUUGCGAUGCCGACGAUGCAACUGAACCUUGCUAUCAAGCUGGUGACGCAAGAGUAAAUCAAAACCCUCAGUUGACGAUUUUACAAAUAAUAUUUUUGAGAGAACACAAUAGACUAGCAGAUGCACUGGCCACUUUAAACCCACAAUGGGACGAUGAAAGGAUUUUUCAAGAGGCAAGACAAAUUAAUAUCGGCCAACACCAACAGAUUACUUACUACGAGUGGCUGCCCCUUUUCUUGGGUUUGGAAAAUACCAUACAACACAAAAUCGUUUACCCAGGAGCUAAAGGGUUUGUUAAUGAUUACGACGAGUCUAUAAACCCUUCAGUUCUUAACGAACAUGCCACUGCAGCUUUCAGAUAUUUUCAUACCCUUAUUGCAGGAUAUCUUGAUUUAUUAACUGAAACAAGAAAUGGUUAUGGUAAUAUCCGAUUAAGUGAUUGGUUCAAUAGACCACUUGUUCUUGAGGGUGGAAAUGUAUUUGAUGAUCUGACCAGGGGAAUGGCAACUCAGCCUGAGCUGAAAGCAGAUCCUUUUAUGGAUAGCGAAGUAACCCAAUUCUUGUUCAGAAUGAGGCAACAAUUUGGCAGUGACCUGAGGGCCAUUGAUAUUCACAGAAACAGAGAUCAUGGUCUUGCUUCAUACAAUGAUUACAGGUCGUUGUGUGGGUUGCCGAAAGUGCGUAAUUUUGAUGGUUUUCUGGAUGCAAUACCAGCUGAGCACGUGCAAAAGCUUGCAACGUUUUACGAAACUCCUGACGAUGUAGAUUUAACAGUUGGUGCAUUUUUGGAAACCCACGUCCCUGGAACCCUUGCAGGUCCAACGUUUCUUUGCAUUUUAGUCGAACAAUUCUACAGGACACGAAAAGGUGACCGAUAUUUCUACGAAAAUGGGGACAUUAAUAUGGGUUUUACAGAAGCUCAAUUAAAUGAAAUAAGGAAAGCCAGCAUAUCAAGAUUGUUCUGUGAUAAUGGAAGAGACAUAAGGAGUAUGCAGCCAAGGGGCUUUGAGAGAGUUUCGGACAAGAACCCAAUUGUACCAUGUGACACUUUACCAGCCAUUGAUCUUAGUUUAUGGAAAGACGGGGCCAGUUCGAGGUCAUUCUUGGACAUCGACUUCCCGUUUAUUUCAAAAAAAUAGUCCAUUGUUAAUUUUAAGAAUGUAAACUAUUGAUACGAUGGAGCGUAUCUACGUCGAUAUUUUAUUUUCUUGCCUUAUCAUUAGUUAUUUUGUAUUGUUGUAUGUAGUAAGUUUGAAUGUAAUAUGAGAAUACAUAAGCAUAUGGUACAAAUCUCACUCGCAAUGUUCGUAAUAUUGCAUGCUCUCUUGUGCUCCUGUAUUUUUUUAAGUAAUUUUUACUAUAAUAAAAUUUUCCAAUGACAGUA